UAAGCAACCUAAAAAUUGACAAGAAAUUUGACAAAUUGUUCAAUCCACUCACAAGGAGAUAAUGCUACUCAAAAAUAGAUUCUGGAGAUGGGGAUAUCGACUCUUCCAUAAAUUUGAUAAAAUUCGAUGUAAUUCUCGUCAAGAUCGUUUUUUCCAAAUAUCUACGAUUGUCAAUAGCAGAUCCUUGAAAGUGGCAAUAUUAGGCGCUGCAGGCAACACAGGAAGAUGUUUGUCUUUAUUUCUAAAGCAAUCAUCAAUAGUUGAUGAACUAGCGCUUUAUGAUAUUAAAUCGACUCGAGGAUUGGCUAUGGAAUUGAGUCACAUUGAUACGAGAUGCAAAGUCAAUGUCUGUAACUCUGAAGAGCCUUCUUUGCUUGAAGUUUUAGACGAUGCAAAAAUUGUGAUGAUCACAGCUGGGAAAUCAUUUUCCGCAGGAUGUCUGAGCGAUGAAAUUAUCAAAGAAAAUGCUGAUAUACUAUCAGAUUUAAUACCGGAUGUUGUCAAGAAGUGUCCAAAUGCUAUGGUAGCAGUUUCAACUAGCCCAAUAGAUAUUAUGAUACCAUUGGCAUCGGAGAAGUUUAAGAUGUAUGGUAUUCCCAAUUUCAGUCGCCUUUUUGGAGUCACAACUCUUAAUUGCAUUAGAGCAAAUACGUUUACAGCUCAAGUACUAAGGGUAGAUCCUGAAUGUGUUGUUGUCCCUGUAAUUGGUGGCAAUAGUCCUCAAACCUGUGUUCCACUAUUUUCACAAGCUAAGCCAUGCAACAACUUUACUCACGAAGAAGUGAGCAGGUUAACGCAAGCCGUAAAAAUCGCAGAAAUAAAUUCCCAUACUAAAUACUCUGAAGAGGAUCAACCAUUACGUUUAUCAAUGGGAUAUGCAGCUGCUCGAUUUUGCGUAUCAUUGUGUAAAGCUUUAAAAGAUCAGUCGCAGGUGACUGAAUAUGCUUAUGUUCGUUCUUGUGCCUUACCCGAUGUGACGUAUUUCACCAUGCCUUUGAAUUUGGGUCCAGACGGAAUUCAGAAGCAUUUAGGUGUACCACCUCUUUCGGAUUCAGAAUGCAAAUUACUGGAAAUCGCAGUUCCUGAAUUAAGACUGUCAAUAAAGAAAGGAGAGAUAUUAGCUCUUGGAAGUGAAUCGAGUUCAUCUGAUAUUUGCGCCCGAGAACCUGAACCUUGUGCUGAAUCAGAUUAUUCUUCAAAAGUACGUGAAUGCAAUUCUCCCACAUUAGUACCUAAAUCUCAUAAUCACUAAGAAAAUAAAAUUGUGAAUCAAAAA